GGUCUAAAAUUAGCACGCUUCCGCCAUUAGCAGACGACUUGUAGGACGAGCGAGCUUUGUGUAGCGGAUCUGUUCAGACGAACUAUUUUGUGUUUGUGUGAGCACUAGUUAUUGAUCACACGAAACUUUACGUUGGAUUUAGCAUCGUAAACUUAUCAACAGAGUGUAAAUUUACGUAUAGCUGUGUAGUUGGUUAAAGUAAAACCGAACUGUGUAGAAAUCCGCCAUCUUAUCCAUUCAAUCGAUCGCUUGUGUACAUAUAGCGCUAUGCUUCAGUAGUGUAUAGCUGCUACAGGGAACAAUGGCGACCGCGGAAAUCUCGACUACGAGGAACUAUAUGGACAGAUUUAGACAUGCACAAAACGUUCAAGUCAACUGGAGUGAAAUACUGAGUAACGAUGUGGACCGUUUUGUGUGUGAACAUGCAGCUAUUCUGAGCUGUGCUAAGGACGUACUACUCUGCCCACUAUUGACUGCAGUGGCUAGUUGUAUGGGCCCUAACACAGUCAUUCAAGUGACUCCACACUGGCAAGAAACCCCUAUCUUAUGGACAGUAGUAGCCGCUAGACGCGGCGAAAGAAAAACGGCUGUCUUCGGGAAAGUGAAAAAUGAAAAUCUAAAACUUGAACAAGAGAUCGGAGCUUUAAAUAGUGUCAAAAGUGACCAAUCUGUUUCUAGACAGAUUAUAGAUGAACGGAAUAUCAAACGUCUGUUUCAGACAGAACAGGAUACACCCGCCGAUCAAAGUGCUACGAGUUCUAUAUACAUGAUUAUAGACGAUCUAGGAUCGUGGAUUUCACGCAAGGACAUUGAAACAAAAAUGAAAGAGUGGGAAUAUGGCGUUUUCAGACGAUUAUAUGACGGACCUGAUUGUCCACCCACAGACCAAGACUGUCAAAAUUCCUAUCAUAGGAAAUACAUCAACUUUUCUGCAAACGUGCAAGCUUUGGAUAUUCCCGCCAUGUUUGACUGUGGGAAUACAGAGGGGCUGUUGGAGAGAGCACUGUUUCUUUGUGCCCCUGACUCGUGUCCAUCGAUUGGCAAGAGCGAGGAGACGUCACACAACUCGCCAUCUUUACAGUCGGUCCUAUCGUCCAUCCGUAACCUUCACCAGGUUCAAAAUAUUACCUACACGUUCAGUCCGGACGGGCAGACAGAAUUACAGAAGUGUUUUGAUGACAUCCAGAACAUCAAAGAACGGUACGUCGAUUACGAAAGAUGUCGGGGGUCAGUUAACUUUGCUUCCGGUCACGUGGUCAGAUUGUGCGCUGUUCUUACAGCUCUGAAGAAUGGACUAGCGAUGGUCAACCGUGGGUCUUUUCUUCCUCCUAGGAUAAUAGACCAAGACACCGUUAGAAACGCGUAUUCCCUCGUUCUUAGUAUUCUCCGACAAAAGAUUGCGUUGCUACUCGAUCCGACGGAGGAAGAUCCGGCCAGAAAUAGAAUGACCCAUUCACAUCAAUCACAGGUGACAGCCAUGCCGGACGAGGAGUUCGAAUCCACAGAUUCCAAAAACUUCAAAGUAACGACAUCAUGUAUUGUUAGUGAGGAGAUGGACACCAAGGAUGUUAUAGAAAUAGAGGACAAGGAAGAGGACUAUGACAACGACCAUUAUAUUCCCCGAACAGCAACUGUGAGUAAGAUCGACCUGUCCAAUGUGCCGUCCAGUUCCAUUGACUUUCAGAUCUCCGAUAUUAGGUCCGAACCCUACGUCCCUUCCAGUAACGAUAUCAUGAUUCUUCGUGACGGCUACACUACGUCUUAUACAACUCCUAGGCCACACAGCAUUGUGGCGCCAUCUGGUGGACCGGUGUUUCCCGACCAGCAAAUGGAUGUUGGUCAGAUGAGUCAUCUGAUUUCGACGAACAUGACGGGAAGUACAUCACUUUCCACAGCUGGAAGCGGAUAUUCUCAGCAGAACUUCGAUAAUCAACCUCAUGUCCCAGUAUCCCUCCCAAAUUUGAAUCUUUUGACACGUGACCAAAAGUCCUCAAACGAUGGAGCUUCCAACUCGGGACACAAUUCUCAGGCAAACUAUAGACCGAUACCCAGACAGAUAUUCGCCAACAAAGCCAAGCUGAACAUCAAAUACUCUAGCAAUCUUUACAAAAUGCCGGAUAGCGAAUUCCUAUUCAAGUGCUGUCAAAAGAUUCGAAAGUUGAUGACAUCUAAAGGGCGAGUUGUUACUGCCUCUCAUGCUUGUCAAUACCGAUUAUUUCCACCCGUGCCACUUGAGCAACGUAUGUCUUCGCCAAGGACAACGCAUCCCGCAUGGGCAGCUACCAAGUUCUUCGAAAAGCUCGAAUCAUUAGGGUUAGGAUGCUUGCUGGUGUUUAGGGGACAAUCUAUCAAGUUUCAGAAGAACAAGUUGGAAGACAUGACCGAUGAGGCACGUCAGGUCCUUGCCAAGAUUCGACUUACUGAACAGGAUUAUGUUGACUCGUUCUCAACUACUAAUCGUCAUCCUGCCAUUGCAUUUGGUACUCAACGUUAAGGUUACUCUGUCAAAGAUGUGACACACAAUGUUUGACGUCAUCCUGCCAGUACAUUUGGUUCUCAGUUAUGGUGACCCUGUCAAAGAUGUGACACUGUUUGACGUCAUCCUGCCAGUACAUUUGGUUCUCAGUCAUGGUGACUCUGUCAAAGAUGUGACAAACAAUGUUUGACGUCAUCCUGCCAGUACAUUUGGUUCUCAGUCAUGGUGACUCUGUCAAAGAUGUGACAAACAAUGUUUGACGUCAUCCUGCCAGUACAUUUGGUUCUCAGUCAUGGUGACCCUGUCAAAGAUGUGACACUGUUUGACGUCAUCAUUCCGUUACAUUAGGUUCUCAGUCAUGGUGACUCUUGUCAAAGAUGUGACACACAAUGUUUGACGUCAUCCUGCCAGUACAUUUGGUUCUCAGUCAUGGUGACUCUGUCAAAGAUAUGACACACAGUGUUUGCCGUUGACGUUAUAAAGUCAAGUAUCCGUGCAUACGUCCAAUAUUUCCAUGGAGUGAUAUAAACAUAUCCCGCUCAAUCGGAACAUCUCGGACAACUCCCGAGACUUGAUGGAGUUGGUCGAGAUGUUACGAUUGGGUUCCCGAACUGGCACUGGUACAUUUAUCGGUAAAAUGGUCAAGUAUUUACAACACUUUAGAUUUCAUAAAAUAACUACACAUACAGUGUGCAUCUACAAAACGAUGUAAAAACUAACGAUAGAUAAAUCUACAGAAUGAUGUAAAAACUAACGAUAGAUAAAUCUACAGAAUGAUGUAAAAACUAACGAUAGAUAAACUACAAAAUGAUGUAAAAACUAACGAUAGAUAAAUCUACAAAAUGAUGUAAAAACUAACAAUAGAUAAAUCUACAAAAUGAUGUAAAAACUAACAAUAGAUAAAUCUACAGAAUGAUGUAAAAACUAACGAUAGAUAAAUCUACAGAAUGAUGUAAAAACUAACAAUAGAUAAAUCUACAGAAUGAUGUAAAAACUAACGAUAGAUAAACUACAGAAUGAUGUAAAACCUAACUAUAGAUACAUUUACAAAAUAUUGUAGGAACUCAUCACACAGAAAGUGUUUACAUCUGAAGUCUUAAACCAGCUGUGGGGUUAUCGGCGCUCAUACAUGGCGUGACAAAGUUUACGAUGAUAAGUAAUUUGUGAACACUUGAAUUGUUAUUGAUUAUCCCAUCAUAACGUGACUGCGUUGAAAUAUCAAUCUAAGAGGAUUUAGUCACGACAAGUGCACGAGAACGUGUGCGUGUUUUGGCGACAAAUACGUAUGAUACACGUGUACAUUUAGUCGUGGCCCUCGAUAAAUUACAUUUCCGCCAUAUCUUUUAUGACUCUAGAACUCUUGUUAAGGCGUGGGAAUAUUUUUAUUGAUUUUGAUAUGGUAAGUGAAAGACGUUCACGUACACUCACAUUUCUGUUAGGGUUCGUUUUAAUUAAGCGUACGUUCCACAGACACCCAAGAAGGGUUUUGCGUUUCAAAUUUACAUGUAACAUGUGCUUUUGAAACAAAUAAUUUUAGUGGAUGUUUUACAUGAUUGGUCAUUCAUACCAAUAAACGAUAAACAAUU